AUGGUAGCGUUUGAUUGGGACCGGAAUGGCUGGCGCUGGUUCAUCCUCCCACUGGCAGAAAGCAACGACGUAGUAAGAGACGCCGUUCUCGCAAUAUCGGCAAGCCAUCUGGCCCAGAAGUCUCCAGGGAUUGCACCCAGAGCCAAGAUUCUGAGAGGCGCUGCUAUCCAGAGCGUCAUCCUACGCUCACGCAACCUAUACCAAAAUAGCGCGCCAGAUCCGCCGUUGAUAGCCGCUCUGGUGCUACUUGUGCUCGACGACAUGGUGUCCGGCGGAGAUGAGUUUUCCUUUAUCUUCAAGAUGCUAAGAUGCUUGCUGCAGAUGCUCGGAGGCGAAGACGCGUUGAGUACCUCCGAGUUUGGGGUUUUUCUCCUGGAACACUACAGAUAUAUUGAAUUCAUGUCCCUGCCUACGCUCACAGAAACCGAAGCGGUAGCAGCCAUCACUACAAGGCUCCCCCGUUACCUCGAUUUCCUCGUCAAUUCAUUCUUGGGUGAUAAAGCGGACCCUCUCUGCCCUUCGGUGGCGACGAUGUUGAUUGAUUGUUUCUCACAAGCCUCCAGUAUCUAUGUCUACCGUGCUCUCAGCGGACCUUCAGCGCCUUUGAGCGGACCAGCCGUCGAAGAUUUGAAAGCAACCGUGGAAGCCAUCCCACCCGGCAGCGCAGGCGAACACGUGCUUGCCUGGGUCUUCUUUGUCGGUGCUGCAGAGAGCUCGAGCGCUGAACAUCGACAAUUUUUCAAGAAAAGACUGAAAGGUCUCUAUGACCACGGAUGUUCCGGCUUCGGGAAUAUCUGGCCAGCCUUGGUCCUGCUGGAGAAGAUGUGGCAAAGGAGCGAUCAGAGCUGGACUUCGAUGUUGGCAGAAGAUUCCCACGUGCUCAUUGCUUGA